AUGGAUCAUGAUCUCACAUAUUUAUUAAGAAUUAACAAUAAUACCACAAAAAUGGACUCAAUUGUCGACAAUGUAGAACAAUUGUAUAUAUGUCAAAAUUGUUUUCAAAGUCUACUCAGUAGUGAACAAACAGUGAAUCGUUUGAAACUAAUCGAAAUUUAUCUCAGAUUUUUGUCUGAUAUGAAUGUGUUUCUAAUCGAUAUUAGACAGUCAAUAGAGAAAUUAUCAUUUAACAUGUUAGACAACUUUUCAUCAAGGUUAAAUUUAUUUGUUAAUCAGAUAAAAGAUGAACUACAACAAUUUAAACAAAUUUGUCAUGAACAACAAGUAUCAAAUGAAUCAAAAUCUCUGAAAAAAUCACCCGAAACAGUAUCCAAUCUCGAGAAGAUAACACACGAAGAGGUCAUUGUUAAAUCAAAAGAAGUUUUUCAAGAACCGUCAGUUCUUUUUGUAAAACCAAUUAUUGAUAAAGAACGUUUAGUAAUUCAAAUUCAAUCUCUAUGGAGAGGUUAUCAUGUACGAGAUAAGAUAAAAAAUAAUCUAGCUGCCAUUCGAAUACAAUCAACAUGGAAAGGUUAUUCAUUGAGAAAACGAUUAUCUUUAGCAAGACAAAUGUUAUCAUGUAAUAAUGAGAAUUACACAGAAGUAGAUUUAAAAGAAUUUGAUUUUGACGAGGCUGCAUUUGACGCUAAACUACGCCCGAGAACACCAUCAGCAUCAUUAUCAAAAAAUACAAUACAUCAUGCAACCACCUCUUCUAAGCCACCUCUUCCGCCAUUACAACAAGUUCGUCAUGCAUGGCGUUCAACUACAUCACCUGUUGGAAGUUCAAAAUUAGUUGAUGAGUCAAUAAAACAAAACAACAAUAGAGAUUAUUAUAACGAUGAAAUGAAUUUGCAAUCCUCUCGGUCAUCCGCUUCAAGUUUUGCAGCAACAUUAGAAUUGGGUGGUACAAAUAAUAAACAAAAAACUUUACAAGAUGAAUGGGGAAUUCAAAAUCGUGAUACAACAGCGCUAAUGUUAAAAAGAGCUGAAAAAAUGAAAUAUGGAGUAGAACGAAAACAAAAAUUACAAAAAAUGGAUCCUCAACAACGACUUCAUUUACUUCGAGCAUUGGAGAAACAAAAUCCAGUUACUGUUCGUCAACCAGUUGGUAAAAUGAAUAUGCUAGAACAAACAAGAAUUGGAACAGUUAAAAUACUUGAACCUCCUCAACCACCAGUUAGCAAUCGAGUUUUUGAAUGGGUUCAUACGCAAGUUGCUCGCUUUGAUGAACCUUUAGAAAAUUCAAACGAAUUGGGUAAGAGAAAAGAUCAACGUCGUCUACCAAGUUUGGAUUAUUCGAUGACAUCUGCAUCUGAAUUAUAUAAUAGUAUAAAUCUGGUUCAACCCCGAUCAAAUUCGUUAGUGACAAACGAUAAAUGGGCAUCUUCUUCAUCUACAACUCGUCAACCACUUUUGCCACCAAUAGUAACAAAUGUUGUUCAACACAGUGUAGAUUCGACAAAUGCUGUCGUAAAAAAUACGAAAAAUUAUCGUCAUUGUGAUGAUAAUACUGGAAAAUCUUUAACAUUACAUAAUGAUCGUCAAUCAACAUUAUCAACCGAUUCGUGUCUCGACGAAAAAAAUUCAUCAUCAAAACCAAAACGUCAUCGAACAAGAUUUACUCCAGCUCAAUUGAAUGAACUUGAGAGAAGUUUUGUUAAAACACAUUAUCCUGAUAUAUUCAUGAGGGAAGAAUUAGCAAUAAGAAUCGGUUUGACAGAAUCACGUGUACAAGUUUGGUUUCAAAAUCGCCGAGCAAAAUGGAAAAAACGAAAAAAAACAACAAACGUGUUUCGACAAACGUCAUUAAUGUCAUCCUAUGGCUUUUCUUCAUCUAUGGACACUUUAAAUCCGUUCACAACAUCAUCAACACCAUCAAGAUGGCCAAAUAUCAAUUCAUUGUCACAAUUUGCAAAUCCAUUUAAUUCACAGAUUAACAAUACACCCAAUUUUAUGACAAGAAACGAAUGUCAAAGGCAUAAUCUCUCUUCUCAGUUGAAUCAAUCACCUUCAAAUUUCUAUGGUAACCAAUAUCAAAUGUCAAAGUUUCCUCCAACAGCGUCAACAUCAUCUCCACAAACUGGUACACUUGAAACAGGUCCACCAUCUCCUUCCUCGUACCUGUCAAAUUUUCCAUGUCUUACGUCUACAGAACAGUAUGCCGAUGCUGAUGAUAUGUGGCGCGGAUCAAGCAUUCUUGCUUUAAGACGAAAAGCCGUUGAACAUCAAGCGAAUGUUAGUACAUAUCGAUGA